AUGAACUAGUAAUAAACUAAGUUGCCUAAUAAUGAUACAUCGCUAAAUAUCUCAAACAAUUAUAAUUCCUCGUUUUCAUUAGCAGAGUAUUAUUAAUUAAAGCUAUUUAUUUAAAACAAUACAUAUUAAAUAAUUAUUUAUAAAAAUACUAAACCAUUAAGUAAAUCUAGUUAUAAAAUAAAUAUUGAAGGGGCUCAAAAUAGAGGUAAAUUGUUUGAGGGUACAGACAAUGAUGUUUCUUUUCAUAGAUCGUAUAGAAAUUAACAAAUAUCAAAGUAAGAUGUUGAAGACUAUUAAGAAUAAGAUGUAAUAGAUGAACAAAAUAAUCACGAAAAUAUGUUGAAUUUAUAAAAUAGUACUUCUAGAGACUUGAAUAAAAUACAUUAUUAAGAUUAAGUUAGUCUAAGGAAGGAUUAGAGUUAAUUCACAAACGAAUAUUUGGGUAAUAAUACAGUAUAUUCCAAUACUAAUAGAGAAAGCAAUAAUUUAUUAUAUGCACAUAAUGCAAUUAGCGUUGAAAAUUCUCCAAACCAAACUUUUAAUUUUUUACAAAAGCAGAUUGCUUGGCUUAAUGAAAGAGUAAUAGCAAAGCUUGAAGAUUCUCCAAAAAAAAUUGCUAAAAGAAAAAUUUCAUCUCAUAUUUCAGAUUUCAAAAGUCCUUAAAAAAAGGAAAUCUCAUUUUUUUCCAAGAAUUAAUUUGAAUCCAAAGAAUUUAUAUUUUUUAAACCUGAAAAUCAAAAAGAUGAAAUGCUGAGCUCAUAAAGGUUAUAUAAAGAUUUAUAAAGUAGUGGCUAAAACGAAUUAGAUUAAGAAAACACUUUUACUGUUAAAAAUUACCUCAUUAUUUUUACCUUUGUAAAGAGAUUUGUAAUGAAUUUAGUUAAAAAAACAGCUUAGAAAAACCCUAUGAAUCUCAAAAAAAUGCACUUAGCCCUAAUUGAUGAUAAAGCGAAUGAAAAUAUGAUUUUUUUUGCUAAGUAAAGAGAGUGUUAAAAGCAAUUACAAAAUUAGCAACUAAUGUCUAAACAAUCCAAGUAUUUUGACCCUAUUCAAUCACAAUCGCUACAAAAAAAUAUAAUAAGUAAUGCAUUUUAACCUGAUCAUGCUCUUAUUAUUAUUUUAAAUAUCAUUUUAUUACUUUAAUUGGUUUCUCAUAUACUGAUCAUUCCUAUAAAACUCUGCUUCUUCAUACAGGCUCAGUAAAAAUCUUAGUUUCUAUUAUUUUAUUCAGCUGCAGUUCUUUGUUUAUUUAUAGAAAUAUUUAUUGCUUUCUAAACUGGAUUUUAUGAAUCUGGUGUACUUGUUUUGGAUAAAAUUAAGAUUGCAAAAUAGUAUUUUAAAUUUUAAUUCUGGGUUGAGAUAUGCUCAAUGGUUAGAAAAAAAAUUUAAAGAAUUGAUGAACAUUUUGAAAUAUCUUCAAAAUUUCCAACUUUAUAUGAAUUAAGUAAACUUAGUGUGUACAUUUUGAUAAUGGCACAUUUUUGGGGAUGUGGAUUUCAUUUGAUAGGAACAUAUUCAAAGUAAAGUGGUUAGUUUUCUCCGCUUGAUAAUUGGAUUUCAGUAUAAAAGCUUGAUAACUCAGACUGGGUUGUGUUAUAUAUCAAUUCAAUUUACUUUACCAUCAUAACUAUGAUUACCAUAGGGUAUGGAGAUAUAGCUCCUAUUAAUAUAUAUGAAAAGAUAUAUGUUUGCUUUAUGACUUUUAUCACUUGUGGCUUGUUUGCUUAUUGUGUAAAUUGUAUAGGAACUCUAUUUGCUGAGAUUAAUCAAAAGCAACAAAUUUUUAAAUAAAAGCGAUAUGAGCUAUCUAAUUACCUUAAGUUUAAAGGUACAAAAAAAGAAACAUAUAUAAAAAUCAUUAAGUACAUAGAAUACUUGCAUAAAGAAUCAGAUGUCACCAUUGCAAAAGGCUAUUAAAUUUUAAGUCAAUGCCCGCAAGAAUUGAGAGAAGAAGUUUAAUAAGAAUACUACACUAAGAUUUUAUUAAAUUCAAUAUUAAAAAAAUAUUUUAGCCUAGCUUUUCUAUAAGCUAUCAGUUUAAAAAUGAAAGAAAAAAUACUAGGUCCUGGAGAGAUUUUAUUUACUAGAGGCUCUCCUCUCCAAUAUCUAUAUUUUAUUUAAAAGGGAGAAAUAGAAUAUUUCAUGUAAAACAAAGAAUAUUAGAGAUCUCUUCUUAAAUUUAAUGAAGCUAAAAUAGUAGAUUUUAAAUUAUUUGCUACAGGUUAAUAAGCAGACAUUUCAAUUAGAUGUUAAACUAAAACAAUUGUCGCCUAUUUCUCAAUGGAGGAUUUUUUAGAUACUCUUAAAAUAUAUCUAGUCGAUUAGGAAAAGUUUUGCUACUUAAGAGAUUAGAUGUAAAGCGAAGAAUUGAGUGAUAUCAAAUGCAUGAGUUGUGGAUAAUUCAGGCAUAAUAUAUUUGACUGCCCAAAGCUUCAUUUGGGGCUAAGCAAAGAUAUGAUUAUCAAAAAACACAGUUAUUCAGCAUAGUAAGAAAGAGGGGAAAAAAUAAAAUUUUCAAAAAGACAAAAAUAUCCUACUCUCAGAAACUAAAUGCUAGUAAGAAACUUUUUAAGAAUACUAAGAUGGUAAAAAGCUUAAGAAUCUUACACCAAGUAUUAGAAUAUAAAUGUAAUUUAAGAAGUAAAUAUUAUAGAAAGUGAUAGGCAAUUCUUUAAAAGGUGUCCUAGAAUUUUAGAUUCCAACAAGAAGAUAUAAUAAAGACAAGGAGAUAAUUAUAAUAUAGACGAUAUAUUUCAUUUGUAAAUUAAAAGCUGGAUAGAUGAAGACGAUGAAUAUAGUUCUAGCGAAAGUAACCUCUCUGAGAAUAGUCAGACUUUUCACUCAAAAAGCCAAUCAAAAAUUUCAUUUCAAAAUUAAAUAUUACCAGAAAAUAUAACAGAAAGUCCUCAACAUAUUGAUGCAAUUCUUGGAGAUAUCAUAUAUACAUCUAACAACUAAAAAAAAUUAGUAUCAAAAAUUUAAAAUCCAUAAAUAAUAAAUAUGAUUAAAGAAGAAGAAAUUGAUGAUUCUUAUUAAUCAUCUUAGAUAAUCCCAUUAUCUGAAGAAAAUAUUAAAUUAGAUAUAAAUUAAGAAUAAUUAAACAAAUAAAAAAUAAACAAUACCACCAUUUCAAAUCAUUAACGAGCUUAAAUUAUAUAUAAGAAUAAUAUAUAAAAUUUUGAAAGUACUUAAGAUUAAAUUUAGUAAAAUUUAUCUAUAAGACUAUCUAAACCACUCCAAACUAAUCAUGGUUAAACUGGAGAUAGCAAUAAUAGAGAUUUAGAAGAAUUCAAUGACAUAGAUUAAAGAUCCUCACCUUUAAACCUACAAGGAGUUUUGAGCACCAGAAAUUCUUUUAGUUAGCAAGUUAAUUUAGUAAAUUAAGCUGCUAAAAAUAUCAAUCUAGUAAAUAUUUUGAAUCAGCAGCAAUAAGCUAAUGACUCUCUUAUACAAAUGCAGUGUCCUCAAAAAAAUAUUUUUGAAGACACUUCUUCAAUUAUGAACUAAGGUUCAAAUGAUAGUAAAAAUAGGGAUUGCUAUCGUUAAGAGUCUGACUAAAAUAAUUUUAGAAAACAAAUAAAAGCUCUUUAAAAGAGUGUUAAUAUGCUUUAAUUUACUAUCCUACAGUAGUUUUAAAAUUUAAGUAAAUAAGCUAAUACAAAUAUUUAGAAUGAUUAUAUUAAAAAGAAAACUAAUAGUGCCCUCGAUUAAGCAAAGUCUUUUAUCAAAUAAAAAUAACUUUCAAAAACUCAAUUUGAUAUAGAUGGAAACAAAUCUUUUAAUCUUGAAAGUAUGACCUAGUAAAACUAUCCUAAUCUAACCUUACCAAGCAAAGAGCAUAUCUUUGGAAAGCUGCAAUUUGAGUUCGAUAAAAGUAAAGAAUUUCACGUAUACUACCCUAAAGGAAAUAUCUCAAAUGUAAUUAGGAUUUUCAAAAAAAUAUAAAAUAAAAAUAACAAAAACUCUCAUAAAAUCCACAAAAAAAAAUAUUAAUUCAAAGAAUCCUUAGUUUAAUCUUUUUUUUCAAUUUAAGACAUUUGGAAAUCUCCUUCAACUAAAGUAAAAUUUAAUAAUACGCCAAUACAAUAAUAAAAUUAAGCUACUGAAAAGUGA